CCCCGCCCCCCGGCUGCUCACCGCAGACAGACAACAGACGGACACUGUGGCUCUGCCUCCCCACCUGUAAGAGGAGCUCCAGGAUCCCCCUGUAACUGAGCCACCAUGAUUGUAAAAAGCAGCAGCCCUUAUAACAGGUGACGCCCGGAGGAGCUAAGACAUCGAACACCAAGAUGCUGCUGAGCUGCGCACUGAUCCUCUCUUUCCUGGGGGCUGUGACAGGGUGGUGGAUGUGUUAUAGUGAGGAUGAGUGUUACUCAGAUUCUUAUCCAUUCAGUCAAUCUCCCGAGAGACCCUUCCCGGCAAUGCCUAUCCCUAUUUCACUGCGUUGGUUCCUCUACACCCGCUGUCACCAGGACCAGUACCAGGAGAUCUUCCCCACCGACGUCUCCAGCUUCUCUUCCUCCAGAUUUGACUUUGAGAAAAGGACGAUUUUUAUAGUUCAUGGAUAUACCCAGAGCGGUCAGGAGCCCUGGAUCAUAAAUAUGUGCCAGAAAAUAUUUGAGGUUGAAGAUGUGAACUGUGUCGCCCUGGACUGGAGCAGCGGAGCCUUUUCCUUUUAUGCCCAAGCAUCGAACCACGUGCGUUAUGUAGGGAGACAGAUCGCCCGAUUCCUGCAGAUGCUAGAGGAGACAUUUAAUUAUUCUGCCAUAAAGGUUCAUCUCAUUGGACACAGUCUCGGAGCUCAUAUUGUUGGAUUUGCAGGGAAGUCUCAUAAAUUAAUUGGUCGGAUCACCGGUUUGGACCCGGCAAACCCGUACUUUGAAGGGACGGACAUUGUUGUUAGACUAGACAAGACGGACGCCAUAUUUGUAGAUAUCAUCCACACAGACUCAAAGCCCUUCACUAGUCUUGGUUUGGGAUUCCGAACUCCUAUUGGUCACGUUGAUGUCUAUCCUAAUAAAGGUGUAGAUAUGCCGGAGUGUCAAGAUGUCCCGGCUAUUCGGGAGCAAGUUACUUGUCUCCUCUUUUCGGUUAUGGGACCCAUCAACUGCUCGGAGUCUUUGCAAGCGAUGUUUUCCGGCUGUGGGGAGUUGGUGAAAGAUGUUACCCUAACACCCGAUGAGUUAAAAGAGAAAUUCGGCCUCGUCUUCUGUAGCCACUUCCAAUCCAUCCAGUACUAUACAGAGAGCAUCACCAAUCCCGAGAAGUAUAAGGCCAAUCCAUGUAAUUCUCUGGAGGACUGCCUACAGGGACUCGCAGAGCCGUGUCUUGAGGGGUGUCAGUACAUGGGUCAUCAUGCCAGGCCCCCUCCAUCACCAGAACCGCAAACCUAUACCCUGACCACAGUGUAGAGUAUGGGAUGUGCCCCAGAAUGGUCUACAACCCGUCCUGGAGCUAAAAUGGCUCCUUGUAGGUCAAGGUUAGAGAUUCUGAUUCCAUGCAAAUAUUGUAAAGA